UUUUAUACACCGACAUCAGACUUCCGGUUAUCACUUGGACUUGGCGCAAAUUUUUCGGUGGUUUGAUUUAACGUAAAAUUCUUGUGAUUGAAAACAAAUGCAACGAUGCCCCGGUCUGAAAAAGGGACAUUCAGGAAAGCUUCGUUCCUGCGCAGACUUGAGGGGCUAAAGAAAGCACGAGAAGCAAGAGAAGCCCAUGCCUUACGAGGUAAACAUGAUGCCAAAAAUGAUGCUCCGUGCUUGGAAAAUGAUUCUUCCUCUGUCCUACGAACCGUUAAUGGUCAAAGUGCAGAAAGUGCAGAGAGUUCAUGGCGUGUCGGUAGACGGAUUGUAGAACUCGGCACUCUUGUUGAUAAUUUGAAAAGAGGUUGCGUUAUGUGUGGGAAUGCACUUCAGCUUGUCAACACUGUAGGUGAAAGGAAAUUUGGACUAGGACAGGUUCUGCAGAUAAAGUGCACGCAUUCCAGUUGUGCCCAUGUUAACGACAUACCCACGGGCAGUAAACAUAGGGUUAAAGCAGAUAUGAAGCAAUAUGCUUGGGAUGUCAACACAAAGCUGGCUGCAGGUAUGCUAAAUGGUGGUUAUGGAAUUACUCAUGUAAAUGCAUUACUGGCUGCAUUGAAUAUCCCGGGGAUCACUAACAAGAGUCUUAAAAGCAGAGAAAGAGAGGUGGGGAAACAGUUAGAGGAAAUGGCAGGGCAGAGUUGUAAUGAAGUUCUUCAAGAAGAAAUGAAACUGAAUGAUGGAGACAUCACUGUGUCUUUUGAUGGUGCCUGGCAGAAGAGAGGUACUGGUAGAGGAUACAAUAGUCUCACUGGUAUGCCCUGGUGA